AUGGGUGAUACGAAUGGACAAGUGGUAGCUGGUGGCAAUGGCCAAGGAAAUCGAUUGAAUCAAUUGGAUCGAUCAACCGAUGUAUUGAUCGACAAAGAGACGGAUAGUCUCAUUAUUUGUGAUCGAUGGAAUCGACGAGUCGUUCGAUGGUCUCGUCGUAGUGGGACAACUCAAGGAGAAAUUCUCAUCGACAACAUCUGGUGUUAUGGAUUAGCCAUGGAUGAUCAGAGAUAUCUCUACAUAUCUGACACCGACAAACAUGAAGUAAGACGAUAUCAGAUAGGACCCAAGAAUGGAACUAUCGUGGCUGGUGGCAAUGGCAAAGGUGCUGGUCUCAAUCAAUUCAACUAUCCGACCUACAUAUUUGUCGAUCAACAACAGACUGUCUACGUGUCAGACAGGGACAAUCAUCGUGUAAUGAAAUGGAAUAAAGGUGCAAAAGAAGGAAUUCUCGUCGCUGGAGGUCAAGGCCAAGGGAAUGCUCUGACAUAA